AUGCCCACUCACACCGGCACAACCGUCAUCAUAACCGGUUCCGGCGGCGGCCUCGGCAAGGCCAUCGCCGAAGGUUACCUCGCAGCCGGCGCCAACGUCGUCAUCUCCGAUAUCAACCAGACCCGCCUCAACGCCGUGGCCUCCGAAUACCGCGACACCUACGCCGGCCGCCUGCACGCCAUCACCGCCGACGUCAGCUCUGAAGCCUCCGUGGACGCCCUCGUCAAGGGCACCGUCGACCGCUUCGGCCGCCUGGACGUGCUGAUCAACAACGCCGCCGUCAUGGACAAAUUCGACCCCGUGGGAGAGUGCUCCAAGGACACCUGGGACUCCGUGCUGGCGGUCAACCUCACCGGCCCGUUCCUCACGACCAAGGCCGCCGUCAACCAGUUCCUGGCGCAGGGCGCGACAGCCGGCAGCGGCGGCCCCCCCGGCCUGAUCAUCAACAUCGGCUCCAACGCCAGCUGGCGCGGCAUGACCUCGGGGGUGGCCUACACGGCGUCCAAGCACGGCCUCGUGGCCGUCACCAAGAACACGGCGGGGUUCUACGGCGACAAGGGCAUCUCCUCCGUCGCUCUGCUGCUGGGCGGCAUGGACACGACCAACCUCAUGGACGCUUUCGCGCAGGGCGUCAACCAGACGGGCAUGGCCAAGGCGACGGCCGCGCUGCCCGAGUACAAGCGCGGCGAGACGGGCAUCGAGCCCGCGGCCGUGGCCAAGUACUGCAUCUUCCUGACCGACAAGGAUAUUGCGUCGUCGGCGAACGGCAGCUGUAUCGUGUUCAACAAGAACUGGCCCCAGGCGUAA